UUGCAUGUCUAAAAUCCUGAACCGCCACAUUAUCAGAAUUAAACGGUUAAUAUCGCUGCUUUUGGCAAAACCGACACGAAAUAACAAUUAAAUGAUAUCGUAUUUAAUAUCAGACGUCCACAGUAAGUCUGAGGUGUUUAAUAUGUAUUAGAUUGUAUGCAUUACCACCGACCUUGCACACUCUGUGAGCUUUUCCAAAAAUAUUUGGAGCUUCUCUUUGACAUCUUGCCGUAAAUCAGAUUCUAAAACAAACGAAGUGAAAAGCGUUUCCAUCUUAGUUCCAUCUAAAACGUGAGUAAUCAUUGUCGCGUAACUUGUCUACUCUUCAACUUAAACGUGCUAUCACCGGGCCGUAUCCCAAAUACACACUCACUCACUGAUUGCAUCCACUUCCUACAGUGUGAAAUGACUUGUCCCUACGCACUAUAUAGUGUAGAGGGAUAUUAUUUGCGAUCGAGCCACACUUACUCUAGCGCCCUCUACCUCCUAUGAUGACAUUACAGUUCGAGAUAAAAACGGGGAACGAGCUAGCUUAUAAAUAUUAGAUCAAAGUAUCUAGACGCUAGUCAUAGUGAGUUAUUAUUUUGCAUGGAUAUGUGACACUUUACACGCCAAAAUAAAACGUUUAGUCGGUUAAAGUUUUGCACUUGUAUUCAGUUAGAUAGCUAAUAUUGGUGCCUAGCCAUCUUAGCAUCUAGCUAGCCAGUUAGCAAGUAAGAUGUAUCUUUUGUAUACAAUUCUAGCUGCACUUGUGUGUUUCCUUGUAAUGAAAUGGAUGAAACGCAGAAGGUUCUGCAUGGAUGUAAAAAGGCUGGACGGGAAAACAGUUCUUAUAACCGGUGGUAAUUCUGGCAUAGGCAAAGAGACAGCUGUGGCUUUGGCACUAAGAGGAGCACGAGUCAUCCUCGCCUGUAGGGAUGAAGACCGAGCAAGGAAAGCUGUGCAGGAGAUCAAGCACCGGAGCCACAACAUGAACGUGCUCUUCAUGGAGGUAGACCUGGCCAACAUGAGGUCCAUAAGAGAGUUCUGCAAGAAGUUCUUGCAGAAAGAGAAGAGGUUAGAUAUUCUCAUCAAUAACGCAGGUGUUCCCAGUGUCCUGGACUGGACCGAUGAUAAUUUUUCCAUGUGCUUUGGCGUUAAUCACUUGGGUCACUUCCUUCUGACCAAUCUUCUGCUGCCGCGGCUUAAGGAGACCACACCGAGCCGCGUCAUCACCCUCACUUGCUCCAGCUAUAAGUACCAGAGACUGGACUUCCAGGAUCUUAACUACAACCUGUUCCCUUUCUUCACCUACAGCCGCAGCAAACUGGCAAAUAUCUACUUCACCAAGGAGCUGGCUCACAUGAUGGAGGGCAAAGGAGUCACGGCCUACGCUGUGCAUCCUGGUUACGUGCAGAGUAACUGGACAUGUCACUAUUCGUUCCUGUACCAGCUCUUUAUGAAGGUGAUCAUGUUUAUGUUCUUCGUGCCGUGCGAGGCGGGGGCACAGACCGUCGUGUACUGUGCUGUAUCGGACGAGGUCACGGCUCAUAACGGGGGCUACUUCAGCGACUGCAGACCAGCCACGUUAAAACCUUACGCCAAGGACAGCGGUGUGGCCAAAAAGCUCUGGGAGGCCAGUGAGAGAUUGGUCAAUCUCGCCUGAUUUAAAGAGCUGAAUAGAUUUUUUUUAAAAAAUAUGUAUAAAUAUGAUUAUUUAUGAAGUAUGUGUGCAAUUUUUUUUCUCUUAAGAGUUCAAUUUUUGCUGUGAACUACUCUGUACCUGCCUCCUGCUAAAAUACAAAAUGCAGUUUAUUAA